UAGGCGUGCGAUGACUCAGAGCCACCGUAGGGAGAGGAAGAGCGGCCACAUCCCAAAGAGGGGUAGAGGUCGGAGGGGAGAUGGUUCAUGGAGUUCGCAGGAGGGUUCUCAGGCUACACAAUCUGAAGAGUCGCAUGUGGUUGACCCGAGCCGGCAGAUGGAGUACUUGAAUUAUCAGGAUCAGGUACACCACGAUGUGACUGAUGGUGGGUAUGACCAGGAUCAUAUACUACAGCAGCAGCAUGUAGGAGAUGAUGAUGACAUUGCAGCAGCUGCUGCCCCAGAGGUGUUACCUGUGGACCCUCCCUUUCUUGGAGGACCGACAGACUUAUCUUUGCUGCACUCUUAUGCCAAUCAUGUGGCGUUGCCGCUUUGGUAUAAUUCAGAUAACGUUCGUAAGCUCCGUGUGGUAAAACCGAUUAAUCAUGGGGCUAAGAUCUUGAGUCUCGGACGCCCAAACGGGAAUCAUGAUUGGUUUUGGGAUCCGCUUAGGCAGAGCGGGUUACCUGACUUGGUUUACCUGGGCUACGCCACAGUGCCUCAUGCCCUACUGAUGACUCUAUGCGAGAGGUGACAUCCCGAGACCAGCACCUUUCACAUGCCCUUGGGGGAGAUUGUAACACUCCGUUUUUUCA